CAUGUAUAGUGAAACCAAAGUAAAAAAGAAAAAGGAAAAUUAAUAAAAGAGUAAAAGACAGAUUUAAAGGAUAUAUUUACGAAUCUACCAAUCUACCCCUUAUCCUUUCUGCUUCGCGUUUUUCCAAUCCGUUCCUCUUUCCCAAUCUCUCUCUCUCUCUGGUGCAAAAUGGCUUCGACAUUACCCACUGUCACCCUCCAUUCACCGUCCUAUGCUACACCCUCAUCCACCCCUUGUCCUAAGCACCCCUCAGUCUCUUUUCCGACGCAAACUAACCAGUUCCAGCUCCAAACCCCGAAACCCCUCAACCGUCGCGCCGUCCAUCUCCGCCCUCUCGCUGCUGUCGACGCCCCCGAGAAAAUCGUCCAAAUCGGCGACGAAAUCUCCAAUCUAACCCUCGCAGACGCCCAAAAGCUCGUUGAGUACCUCCAAGACAAGCUCGGCGUCUCCGCCGCAUCCUUUGCACCAGUCGCAGCCAUCGCAGCCCCCGGAGCCGCCGAAGCUCCCGCCGCAGUCGAGGAGAAGACGGAAUUCGAUGUAGUUAUCGAGGACGUGCCGAGCAAUGCCCGUAUCGCGACGAUCAAAGCCGUUAGGGCUUUGACGAGCUUGGCUUUGAAAGAGGCCAAAGAAUUGAUUGAGGGAUUACCGAAGAAGUUUAAGGAGGGAGUGUCGAAAGACGAGGCGGAGGAGGCGAAGAAACAGCUCGAAGCAGCUGGAGCGAAAAUCGCCAUUGUGUAG